AUGUAUUACUACCGCUAUGAAAACACUGAGGUCAGCUGUUGCUACAAAUACCUCAUGUUCAGCUACAACAUCGUCUUCUGGAACCAGUGCUGUGGCGCUCAGUAUCCAGAUGACUGGGAUCUGAACGUGUACUUCAGCUGUAACGGAACCCAUCGCAGCAGAGAGAAGUGUGGGGUUCCUUUCUCCUGCUGCAUCAACGAUCCGGCCGACUUGGUGGUGAACACUCAGUGUGGCUACGACGUGAGGAACAAACCAAAGAGAGAAUGGAGUAAACACAUCUUUACUAAAGGCUGCAUCACGGCGCUGGAGGACUGGUUACCUGGAAACCUCUACACCGUGGCCGUCGUCUUCAUCGUCAUCUCCCUGCUGCAGAUGGUGGGAAUCUACCUUGCCAGGACUCUGAUCUCCGACAUUGAGAAAGCAAAGUUCAGUUACUGAAGCCUGGACGACUCGGAGCCUCCUUCUCUCAGACGUGCCUUCUCUUUCUCCAUCUUCUUCUUCUCCUCCUUCUUCUUGAUCAGCUUCUCAUUCACUUCUCGUCAUUAGUGCAGUCUUCCUCUGAUGAUGCUGUUGCCAUGGUAACGUGGUAUUAGGCAGUCCUGAAGUAAAGUGACUUUUAUUUGAGUAUUUUUUGACCAUUUUCAAGCUCCUCCCCUCCAGUGUGACUUUUGAGCUGAUUGGCUGUUUACUAUUCAUCAUCGUCAUCAUCAUCAUCAUCAUCAUGAUUGUGAUCAGGUCUUCUCAUCUCAUUGAUCAGCUGAUCAUUUGGAUUUGCAUCUAUUGAUCAGUUGACAACAAAUUAUUGUACCGAUUCAGAAUUUGACCUGAGCGAAUGAGAAUCAUCUGACUAUGAAGUGAUUAACUGCAGCAAACUCAGGUUUUCUCCAGUGUAGCUGAUAGACAGUAACCAGGUCUGGUCCUGGUCCUGGUCCCGGUCCCGGUCCCGGUCCUGGUCCUGGUCUAUCAUUGUUGUGACUGUUCCUUUAAAUGACUGGAGGUCAAGUGAUUAAACUUCAUGACACUGGACUUAUAUAAACUAAUAAAGUUGUGUUUAAUGUUUAAGGACGUUUGAUCAGAACUAAACCAUUUUUCUGCUUUAAUUUAGUUUCCUGUUUAUGAUUUAAGGCUUUUAUUCAGAAACAAUUGUUUUUUAUAAAGUGUUUUUUACCCAAUAAAUAAAAGUCUGGUCUGA